AGGCAAUGGCACAGGUUGCCCGGAGAGGCCGCAUGUCGCGUCCCUGCAGACAGCCGGGGUCAGGCUGGAUGGGGCUCUGAGCACUGAUGGAGCUGUAGAUGUCCUUGUUCAGGGCAGGCGGCUGGACCCGAUGGCCUUUAAAGCUCCCUUCCAAAUCCAGCUUCUUACAAUUCUGUGAUAAUUUCUGUGCUGGCCAUGUGCUUCCCUCUGCUGUCUGCUAUGGAACCUAAGGCAAUCUAUGGUCUACGGUAAGACCUGGGAUAAACCUUUAACUUCCAGUAAGCAGCAUCUCUCUGACAGUUAUUUAAAGCCUGUCUGCAUUGUUCCAGAACUAUUUCCUUUUUCCUCUAAGGCAACCUACAGUAGGAAACUGACGGUCCCUCAGGUAGCCAGCUUUCACUUCUCUUGAAGUCUUGCCUGCUCAUUGCAUUUGGGGCCAGCAGAGCAACCUGCAGAGGCUGAAAAUGGGUCCCCAACUUCCUGCCUUUUGUGGAGUCAGCCAAAGAUAACACUUUUGGUUUGGUUUCAGAUGGCCCAGAAGCGGGCCCGCUUCUGCUGUGAUUCAUACGUUCCACUUGCAGGUCAAAAGAUUGGCAUUGGUGAGACUGUAAAAUGGAUGUGCUUGCUUUGGACAUCCUUCUGUACCCUUUGAAGUGCACAGAAGUGUUCUCACUGAUUUCAGUGGGAAAAGCAGUCUCUGGUGUGCCAAUUGGUAUUUCCUACUGAUUGGAAGGGAAAGGACGAGGGCCUGGGGUCUGAUUUAUGAAGACUAUGAAUGUUUGCAGACCAGGGCGUUUUGCACAUCACAAUUUGCAGAUCAGUGACUUGGUAGUUUGUUUUAACUGAUCCAUCUAACAUCUUUACUCUGGUUAAAAAUGAAUGGAAAAGACAGCCUGUUAUGAAUGAAAAUUGUGUGCUGUGAAACCAACAGUUACUCCUGUGGUAAUAAAUUUGGUCUGCAGAGAAAGAGAAAAUGAACUGAAAGCAAAACGUUGAAAUCAAAUUGUGGGAUAGGUUUUUUGACGUUGUGGAUGACCGUGAGGAUCGGCAUCCGUAGCAACCAGAGCCCAUCUCAGUCCUGCAGGGAGUCACUUUGUAAACGCAGUUUUCCUGCCAACAAAGUUUGUUUGCUUGGUGAUAAGAAACAAUGGUCAACUCGAUGUGCUACUUAAGCAUUUUAGUGCUUGAGAAGAGGAAUCCAGAUUUGUGCUAAACCUAUUUUCUUAGUUAGUCAAAUGCCGGCUUGGCAGCCCAUCUGGAAAGCUGGUAGCACUGAGGCAGAGUGAUUAUGAGGAUUGUUUUCAGCAGUCUCUGGUAAGUCUGCUUUUAAGAAAGUUCUUUAAGUGCGUUAAGGAAAACGCAGUUCUUAUCUUUGGGAUUGGAAAGACUGCAUGAGAGAAAGGCACGGGCAUUGCUGGGUGCUCAGGGUCAUACUUUUCAAGGUGCCUGAAAAGCAGUGAUGGUUUUGGCUUUCAUCCACUAGAGUGAUAUUAGCUGCAAUUAACUGAUAUUCCAGUUAUAUAUGAAGGACUCCAUUUUUGUUCUGCUAAGGAAAGCAUAGUUAUAUUGGUUCAAGUUUGUUUAUUCCAUUUCCUACAUCUGGGAGUUGUUGUACUCUAAUACAUGCUCUUUUUCUUAUGGUAGCAAGACAUGUGCUUGCAGUGGGACAGCACGAUCGGUGUGUGACCUCGGGGGGCACCCAGGCCUGAAGUUGUGCCCUCACUGUGUGCUGUGCCUUGGGGUGAAGCCAGAUGGUGUCUGACACUGGGUGAGCAGACUUCCAGAGACAACGCACUCUAGGUUCCAUCCUUUUUUACUGGUGUUGCAAACAAGUUAUUCUUGUACUCUGCAGAAAGCCUCACAACCACAAAACCAGCAGUAAUUGUAUAAAUGAUAAGCUUGUCUUCCUCCUCCUCUACCCAGAUAUUCUGAGUGCGACGGACAGCAGAGAUGUGCAUUGCUGGAAUCCAGAGAGUUUCAUAAUGUGGCAGUCGCUUGCUGCGUAUGCCACUGCAUAAAUAAGACAACAUUUAUUUUAAGUACUGAGAAACAUUCUAAGUAGAAGAAAAAAGUGUUCAGGUGAAGCCAGUCCCAUUUGUUUACAAGUCUUGGUUUUUGUCUUCAUACAUAUUAAAUGCUUUUCAUUUGUAUUCUGAUUUUUUGAACCUUUCAAGUUCACGCUUUCCUUCUUUUUUUUCUUUCUUUUUUUUGUUUUCGUGCAACAAGAAAGUCUGGAUUGAGACCUUACUUUAAAAAGGAAAAUCUGGUUGAACGUCCUGUAUAACCAUGCAACCCCAGACAAAGGGUGUUUAAAAAAUACACUUUGAGAGAAUUGCUCAUCUUGAGAGCAGUUUUCAGCUCUGAGUUUAAGUAAGUUAAGUAAAUACUUCGUUGACAGUUUAAGAAGCUUUUAACAACACCUAUCUCUGUUUACUUUUCAGGGAGGUCUCUCUUCUACUCUUCUGAACAUUUAGAGCUUGUUUCACCUCUGUAUGUGCUGAUGAAGUCAGAAAUGUGGUGUACCAGCAUGACUAACGUGUGUUGAAUAAUGCAUACAGAUGCUUUCAGAAAUGCAUGCACAGAUUUCAUGCAGUUGUUCCCUUAAGCUGCUGAGCAGUAGGGGGGGUGCAGAUCCGUCCUCAGGGCAGCAGGAGGAGUGCUGUUCUCAAGCUGUACACAUCAAGACAAGGAGGAGACAUCCUUCCUCAGCUCAAAGAUUCUGUCUCUCCCUGCUAUGGAUGCAAGUAUGAGUGCGUGGCCAUAUGUUCCCCAGGGGGCACAGACAGCUUUCUGACCAGCUGCUCUCCCUGUUCUUUCCCUAGCAGUAACAUCCAGGGAAAGCAGAGGCCGACUGCUGUCCUGUGGCUGUGUAGGAGCCCCGUUCUGGGCUCGCAGGCUAGGUGCUCCAGAAUGGCAUUUCUAGGAGGUUGCUGCUCCACUUGUGUGGUUUCAAUCGCUUAAGUCUUUGGCCUUGUGCCUUGAAGUGCCAGCAGAGACAUGCUGUAAUUGCCCGUAAACGCACCUUCUGUCAUAUCAUUGUUUAAUUAUUCCAGCUUCUCACCGCCACGCACUGCUUAGUGUCUCUCCUGCUAUCUUUAUUUAAUUGAGUGGAAAAAGUCUGAGACUUGUGCUUCACUCACGUCGCUUUGUAUUUAUCCAGCAUCACUGGAUCCUGCUUUGAAGUGCCAGCUUUUGUAUGCAGAAGUCAGUCUUCUAUACAGAAAAAAUAAUGUCCAUGUCAAAAGCGUAUGUUAGAAAUAGAAUCAAUAUUUUAACAUAUGGUAAACUCUGGCCAUAAAGCUCUUAACACAGUCAAAUGAUUGUAUUAUUAUCCUUUGAAACUUGGCUCUGCCCCCGAGAAACAAGGAAGGGAAAGAAAACUCGAAUAACCAAGCCCUUGUCCUCACAGUGCAGGACUGUUCUCAGUCUGUCGCUUUGUCUGUGCCACUUCUUCCUUUUCUGUCUCCCAGCUCUGUUUUCUUCCACAUUGAAUGCAUUCAGCUCCAGGAGCCUUCUUUCCUCAGCCCAUCCCUAUGGAUCUGUUUUAGGGCAGUACCAGCUGUCAGUUCAGUCCCUAGAUUCACCCUGAAACAUCCCCAUGGGAGUUCCACCACCGUUUCAGACAGCUCUAAUGCUUCUAUACCAAGCCUUGCAACUAACCAAAUAUUAAUGUGUAGAAAAAAAUAAUCUGAGAUCUCUCCAAUGCUCCCCUUGUCUGUAUGGCCUGUAAAAGACUUGGCAGCUUGUUGGCUGCUUCUCUUUUCUCCCCUUCCCUGUGUCAGUGACAAAUGCACAUUGUUUUUCUGGUAUUCAGUUCAGCUUUCAGUCUCUGAGCCAGAAAAAUGCUUUGUGCAGCACCUAGCACACCAGAUCAGUAUCAGGAGCUGUGUGCUCCUACACCAACACGAAAUAUUAGGGUUGCUGGCACUCUGGCCUAGUUUGCCUCUCUCCUGGCAGGAGUUUGAUGACGUCCUCCUGGAAGAUCACUGUACAUCUGAACAGAUCUAGCUUUCAGGAUCCUAUUUUAUUUCUUCAUAAAUUGUCAACUGAGAUUUUCAUUUGCAGGUGUGCUCCUUAUAGUGUUCGGCUCCUUGACUGAGCCAGCAUCAUUUUUGGGGUUGUACUUUCCAGCUUCCCAUAACUGUAAGAUUAUUCAUUUCAUACUAUUUUCUGAUUUGUUUUAUUUUUCAUCCAUCUUUUUCCUGCUGGAAAGAGCAAUUUAUAUAAUGAUUUCACUGUGGAAUUAACUUCAAGCUUUACUGCUAUUUGUCACCGUUCAGGAAAUCCAUCCCUGGCUCCAGAAGAACACUCGGUCCCUGCCGACAGUCUGAAAGAGGGGGAGAAAAUAGAUAGCAGAGCUGCAGCUAUUAAGACCAACAGGCACAUAUUUUAUUCCAACUCAGUUUUCCAUUCCCAAAUGCCUUUUGAAGAAAAUCUUUUUUGUUUGAGAGAACAUGAAGGAAGGUUGUGGGUACUGGUGAGUUUUCUGGGGGGGAUGGAGGGUUGUUUUGGUGGUGAUGGUUUGUUGUCGAUGUUGUUUCAUAGGGACUGUCCUGUUUUUGCUCAGGCAGCAGGCUCACAACAGUGACAGGAUGUCAUCUAAGGAAAGCUGCUGCUGCUUCUGGCCUUGGUUGACCUGUUGGUGAUGGUGCUUGCCUGGGCAUGGGGCAACUGGCUUUUCACACAGCUCAGCAUGGACGUGUUGCCACUCCCAGUAACUUUUAGGACACAGUCGAGUUGUUUUUCCUGAGAUUACUGUACCUAUUAAUCUUAAGAAAAACAUGUAAUAAAACUGUUCAGCCUUCUUGGGGCCACCACUCCCAGAGACCUUUCCCCCUUUUGGCUUCUGCAUUAGCUUCUUUCCUUUGGCUUUGCAGCUUUAUCAACUAGAAAUGAUAAACUACAGAAUUGGUUGGCUUCAGGCUCUCUUUUUCGCAGGAUAGGCUAUGCUUGUGCCUAUUGAGGAAUGGAAGAUCAUAAAGGACAAGGGGAGAUGGAAGGCUGCUCCCUCCUGUACACAGUGCAGGGGCAGGAUACAGCCUUUUAUGAAGUUCAGCAAAGAAAAACUUGGGCUGCACACCGUGCCAUACCAGUCAGCCUGGUACUAAUGUUCCUGGACCUUUGAAGGCAAGAAACGACAUGCAGUGUGAAUGAAAUCUAAGCCUUGCUGCACCACAGCACUGGUGCCAGCCAACUUUGGAAGUCUGAUGUGAGAGUCAGGUGGAGCAGGUAGCGUGGCAGGAGAUGCCAUGUAUCACCUGCAGGCGUGUAGAUCUGCAGUGCUGCUACAGCAUCCAAGUCCAACCGCAAUGUGUGGCAUGCAAGAAGCUGGUGAACCCAUGGCCACAUUUGACUUGAAUGCACUUUCCUUGGGAGGAAGUGGCUUUUCCCUUGAAAAGCUCAAUUCCCCAGGGUCCCUGGGGAGGUCAGGGGAAAAGUGAUUUCAUCAGAAUAUGUUCCAGAAUGCCUUGACAAACUCUUAUCAUCUUGACUAUGGAGUCAAACUUAGGCAAACUUAACCUCUGUAGUUUUAAAGCCACUUUUGUGAGUACCAAACUCCUCCUCCUCCUUGCUUUGAGAGUUAUGCUGUCCCUGGUAGGCACUUUGCUUACUAUGGUUGAGGUGCUGCAGACCCAAGCUGAGAGAAGCUUGUCUACCAGUGCACAGCGUGUCCUUUUGCAUCCUGCUCCAUCCUUUUGGCUUAUCCUGGAAUAGGUUAGCAGGUACCAGAGAAAUGAAAUGAGUCAGGAAAUGUUGGUUUCUUUCUGGAUAGCCUGACUGGGCUGGAAUAAUCAGCAUCUGUUUCAGUUUAAAUGAGUUUUCAUUCCAGCCUUAUUCCCUUUUCAAAGUACAGAAAACCGAAGCCUUUAAUUUGCCCUGUCUUUUACUGUAGAGAAAAUUAGAAGUUUCUGCCAGCUGAUACUAUCCCACCUAGAAAAUCUAUGCUAAAAAAAAAUACAAUGUAUUGUCUAUUAUGAAUGAAAAAGCUCUUGCUGGUUUCUCUCAUUUGUAGUGUUAACUUUGAAAGAUAAAUUGUUUGAACUGAUUGGCUCUCCGAUUGUGUAACUGAAGAUCAGCUUGCUUGGUAGCCUGAUGGAUCUGCAGUUUCCCCUUGCACCAAAUAAGCUGCAGAACUGCCAGCCCUGGGGCAGUUAGGACACAGCACAUACUUGAAAAAAAUUGUCACUUUUACCAGUAAAUCAGAGAAAAUAAUCUCAUGCAUGACAUCCUGGAUGCCUCAGGAUUGAUCCAUUUGGAACACCUCCUGUAGGGCCUAGAAUGUGUGUCUGAAACUCACAAACAUACGUAACUGCUAAGGAGUUUAAAGUUGAAGCUGGCAGGCCCAGAACUGUUUUUAUGUGGAAGUUUUGCAACCCUAAACCAUGAAGCUUGGUUUUGAGGACACAGGCAUGUGGAACAAACUCCAUCCUUUUUUUCCUAUGUGUUUGCUUUGUAGAACCAACAGCAAGAAAAAGUAGAAAGAAUUCCUUGUCUCUCAAUUGAGCAGACCUGACUGAGCACAGAGAAGGAACAGGGUAAAAAUAGUAACAUCUUGCUGCACUGUAGUCCCUCAGCAGAGAACCACAUUUUCAGGUUCCCCUUCUUUGUCUCUUUUGUAUUGCAACAGAAGCUUUGGCUCUGGUGGGCAGUCUUUCUCUUCAGUGUGGUGGAUCUUGUUGUUGACCAUUCUGUCCCAGUGCUGGUUCCUAGGAAUUGCCAGUGGUUCUGGAUGUGUAUGUGCAUUCCCCCAGGUACGUUUUCUGUGCCUCAUAUUCUCCCUCUCUCCCCAUUUAGGCUGUGCCAGCUCUUCCAGCCUCCCCACUUUCUGCAUACCUGUGACCAUGGCUGUACAGCCAGGAUUACAUCUAAGGUGAAGACAGAAAAGCCAUGAUGAAGGCUUAUGCUAUUUUCAUGAUGGAUAUGAUGCUCACAAAAAUGAAAAGGUCUGUGUCAGUGAAGAUUUGGGAAGAAAUGGUGCUGCUAGGGGCUGAAAUUGAGCCGGAGCUCAGCUACCCGACAUCCAGUGGAUUUUCAGUUUUAUGUUUCACCUGUUUUCGGCCCUGUGCCCCAUGAUACAGAAGAGCCAAUCCUGCUUCUAACACUGCCCAGCAUUUAUUAAUAAAAGAGCGUGCAAGCAUAUUGAACUGAGAAGCGAGCCGAGGGGAGCGGGCAGACCGCAGAAGUACUAAUACGGAGCGCUUGACCUUCUAAUCUCUAACAGCUGAAUCUCCUGAGACCAGGAUUAGGAAAAGAGUGCCUUCGGAACCAAUAUGUAGCAAAUGGGUAUCGCGCCGCUGAAGCUCCUCCCUUGGUUCAACACUUGCAUGUUUUAAGGAUCCUUGUAGCCACAACAGUGAAUUGCUCUUGUUAACUUCAGAAGUGGAUUUCAUGUGGUGCUUGCUAAGUGUUGAAUCACCAUGAGUAGUAAUCUAGGAAAAGAAAAGGACUGUAAAGAGAAAGAUCCAAAAGUCCCGUCGUCAAAAGAAAGGGAGAAGGAGGCCAAAGCCUCUGGAGGAUUUGGGAAAGAAAGCAAAGAGAAGGAGCCCAAGACCAAAGGGAAAGAUGCCAAAGAUGGAAAGAAAGACUCCAGUAGCACGCAGCCUGGGGUAGCUUUUUCAGUGGACAAUACGAUAAAAAGACCUAAUCCAGCCACAGGUACCCGCAAAAAAUCCAGCAAUGCUGAAGUGAUCAAAGAGCUAAAUAAAUGCCGGGAAGAGAAUUCAAUGCGCUUGGACUUGUCCAAGAGGUCUAUACACAUGCUUCCAUCAGCUGUCAAAGAGUUAACGCAGUUAACAGAACUUUAUUUAUACAGUAACAAACUGCAGUCUCUGCCAGCAGAGGUGGGCUGUCUUGUGAACCUGAUGACACUGGCCCUGAGUGAGAAUUCACUCACCAGUUUGCCUGACUCUCUUGAUAACUUGAAGAAACUGCGCAUGCUUGACCUGCGGCAUAACAAACUGAGAGAGAUUCCUUCGGUGGUGUACAGACUGACUUCUCUCGCCACUCUUUACCUACGCUUUAAUCGUAUAACUACUGUGGAAAAGGAUAUCAAAAACUUGUCAAAGCUCACCAUGCUUAGCAUACGAGAGAACAAAAUCAAGCAACUACCUGCUGAAAUUGGUGAGCUGUGUAACCUCAUAACGCUGGAUGUAGCGCACAAUCAGCUUGAACAUCUUCCAGAAGAGAUUGGAAGUUGCACGCAGAUCACCAACCUUGACUUGCAGCACAAUGAGCUCUUGGACCUGCCAGAAACCAUAGGAAAUCUAUCCAGUUUAAGUCGUCUUGGCCUGAGGUACAAUAGGCUGUCAGCAAUUCCGAAGUCUUUAGCAAAAUGCAGUGAACUUGAUGAACUGAACCUGGAGAACAACAAUAUUUCUACUUUACCAGAGGGUCUUUUAUCCAGCCUUGUCAAGCUGACUAGUUUAACGCUGGCCAGGAACUGCUUCCAGUCCUAUCCUGUGGGUGGCCCGUCCCAGUUCUCCACAAUCUACUCUCUCAACAUGGAGCACAACCGCAUCAAUAAAAUCCCCUUUGGAAUUUUCUCUAGAGCUAAAGUAUUAAGUAAGCUGAACAUGAAGGACAAUCAGCUGACCUCUCUCCCCUUGGACUUUGGGACUUGGACUAGUAUGGUAGAACUGAACCUAGCUACUAACCAACUCACAAAGAUCCCUGAGGAUGUGUCUGGGCUUGUUUCUCUUGAGGUUCUUAUAUUGUCAAAUAAUCUCCUAAAAAAACUUCCCCAUGGAAUUGGAAAUCUCCGGAAACUCCGAGAGCUAGACCUAGAGGAAAACAAACUGGAAUCCUUGCCAAAUGAAAUAGCUUACCUCAAGGAUCUGCAGAAAUUGGUUCUGACUAAUAAUCAGUUGACCACCCUUCCCAGAGGUAUCGGUCACCUUACCAAUCUGACUCACCUUGGGCUUGGAGAGAAUCUUCUCACACACCUUCCUGAGGAAAUUGGUACACUGGAGAAUCUGGAAGAACUGUAUUUGAAUGACAACCCCAACCUGCACAGCCUUCCCUUUGAGCUGGCUCUUUGCAGCAAACUGUCAAUAAUGAGUAUUGAGAACUGCCCACUCAGCCACCUUCCGCCUCAGAUUGUUGCAGGAGGACCCUCUUUCAUCAUUCAGUUCCUAAAGAUGCAGGGACCAUACCGUGCCAUGGUCUGAUGCUGAUCAGAUUGUCCAAUACACUGUACAAAAAUACAAACUGCAUUAAUGUUUUAAUUGUCUGCGUAUGUAUAUAUAAUAUAAUAUAUGUGGUUUAUAUUAUAUUAUAUAUAUAUAUAAAUAUAUAAAUAAUAUAAAAUGGCAAAUUUAAGACUGCAUUAUGUGUUUCUGCUAAUAGAGGAAUCAUAGCCAUUUAGAUUUUUUUUUUUUUUUAUCUGUAAAAAUGCUUGUUUAAGUUUUCUUUGCUGAAUUUGAUGGAAGUUGAGUAACCUGGACAUGCCAGUUCAUUUAAAGCAAUUGCCAAUGAACUCAAAUUUAAGGGACAAAGAUAGUUUUGCUUAGAUUUACUUUCAGUUAAGAGAAACAUAUAACCUUUAUAUAAUGAACUUUUCUGUUUAAUCCCUCUUUUUUUUUUUUUUUUUUUGUGUGUGUGUCAAAACCUGUAAGGGUCAUGUGUCCUGAGGUUGGGAUUUUCUUUUAACUUAUUUUGAGAUUUGAAGCAAAUGGUGUUUUUAUAUUGUUUACAGUCAGAGUAAAUCACUGGAUUUUGUUUUAUUUUGAUUUGCUCUGUUUUAAUCAAUCAUAUCUAGAAUUUAUAUGCCUCUGCUGAUGAAUUUUUAUCAACCGGUUUGUAUACUAAAGACAUACACUCAUCAGAACAACUGGCAGGUGAAAAGGAUGCAGUCAAAAUGAAAGAAAAGGAAAAAGAAAAAAAAAAAAAGGAAAAAAACAAGCUUGAAUUCUUUUAAGUCUUGCUUCCCUGAAUUAUCAGUUGCAGGCAUAACAUAUCUGAACUGAGCCUUUUGCAAUUGGUCUUUUCUAGCACAAGUAAACCUUUUCAGAUUGGUGAAAACACGGAGUGAGAAGCGGUUUUCUUUUUUGUGAAGUAACGACUCCACGAGGUCUAACAGUACAGUUAAGUGGCAAGGAAAUAAUAUAUAUGUACAUUUUUAUUACAGUGUUGAGUCAUAAACUACAACAGGCAAUUUUAAGGAUUCCUUAUAGUCCUUGUACAAUAAAUGAAUGUGUCUUACUUUUGAACACUGCAAUAUAUGUAAGUUUUAAAGUUGGUAACAAUGUACUACGGUUUUAUAUCUUGACUUGCCUUGUACCUCCUUCCAUUAUGGAACUUCUGUGUCCAAGCACAAUAUCUUCACACUGUGCUGUUUUGCUGCUGAACUAAAUGCACUUUUCCCCACAGCUGGGGCACUUGCUUCAAAAUAUUCAGUUCAGUACCUUGAUUAUUCUUUUUUUUUUUUUUUUUUAACUUCAUCCUAUCUGUUUCAGUAUUAAACCGAUCUGUUAAAAAAGAGGCACCUUUUUCAUUUGUGCAUCGCUGUCGAUAGCUCGAGAGAAACACUGUAAGUAGUAGACAUUCAGUUUUACUGCAACUUCCUUGGUUGCUCACAAGGCAGAAGAUGCUUCAGGGAAAUGGAUGCUGUUGCUGCACUUGCAGGGCCAGUUGCCCUUUUCCAGGAGGGCAGGAGCUUGAGGCGGUUGCAUUCCACGUUUACUAAAGAGCUGUCCAGUUCAUACCUGCUGGAGUUGCUGCUGGGGUAGUGUGGUUUAGAGGACUUUAUCUUUUGAACAAAAUCAAAUCAGCUGAUGCUACGAGAAAUUUAUUUCAUGCACAGAAAGCUUGGGGGAAUGUUAUUUCUGGCUUUCAGGCAUGCUUACUUACAUGUAUUGCCUUGAUCUAGUUUUGCUUUUUUUUUUUUUCUUUUUUUUCUCCCAUCAUUGCAUUCUGCUUUGUCUUAUGUCUUUUCAUUAACAAGGAGUAAGUUUUAAAUGGAAGGCAGGUGGAGAUAUAAAACCUUAGAGGGCUUAAAUGUGCUGUAAAACUAUUGUAGAUGUCACUGGAUUUUACUAAGUAAUAUUCUUUUCUUUCUCACACAAUAACUCUGCCCCCACCUCUUCCCCCCUCCCCGCCUUGUUUCUUUUUUACAUCUACUGUAGCUUUUCAGUUUAGAAUUUAGUUUAUAAAAGGCUAUUUUCUUACAGUUCUGCCUGAAGUUAAUCGUUCUCAGCAUUAAGGUGUUAAAAUAUGAAGAUGCUGUGAUGCAUAAUUUCAAGACUGUAAUCUAACUUUGGAAUAGACUGCUAAACCCACAUUUGUGCCCUCAGGUCACUGGGGGAAAACGGAUUGAUUAGUACGGUUCUUUGAAACAAAAGUGGCGACCCCUUGUGUUUUCAGGCGUCUUGGUCUCAUUCCUUGUCUGCUCCUCAAUCUCAUUUUUACAAGAGCUGACAGGAUUAAAUUUGCUUAGUUUGUAAAUACGUCAGUUAUUCACCUUGUUAAGGUACAUGGUUCAUGGCUGUAUGAUUGCAGCUCACCCUCUCUCAGAUAAAUUCUUGUGGAUGGGUUGGCUACUGAAAUUUUGCUCGUUACACUUGCUUAAAAACAAAGUAUUCUUUUCAUUACACUUUUAGGGAUAAAUAAAGCUAUGUUUUAAUUCAUUGCUAUAUUAAAAGCAGGAUAUUUUUUCAAACUCUUUGUAUUAGUAUGGUUGUUGCAACACCAGAUCAUCCCGAGCCCUGUUUUAGAAGUUUAAUUUUAUGCAUUCUGAAGGGAAAAUUUGAAAGUUUCUUUAAAAUUAUCCCAAAGUUUAGAUAUUAAGCAUAUGGAAUGGAUUGGGAAUAGGCACGUAUAAAUCUCCGUAUGUGCACACGUGGAUUUAUAUCCAGAUCUAUUGAUAGAGCCAUGCAGAUCCAGCUGUUUUGAUCAUAACAGACUUCUACAUUUGUCAGGAUGCUGGCUUGUUAAUGGGUGUGGGUUCUAAAUGGCAUUUAAUGCCUGAUGACGUUGGGCACAUGCUGGUUUAUUUCUACGUGCUUCAAUAUUUUGUUGGGCCUAAUCAAUUAAAAUAUGAACGGAAGUAACUUCAUCCUGGCAAGUGUAUGUAUGCAUACAUACGUGCUUUAUGUAUCUAUGUUUGUGUGAAAGCAUUGACAGAGUGGUGAAAUGAACUCUUUAGGGCUUCUUCCAAAGCAGGAUGCAGAAACAGGUCAUUCCCAAAUACUCAUAUUUUUGUCUGCCUUGUCCUACUGUUAUCUCCCAAAUAAUUUACAGGGGUAAAACGUGACAAUCUUUACUUUGGGUGAAAAUAAUGACCUUUGUAUCUAUUUUGAAUGUCUCCCUGCAAUGUACAUAAAAAUAUGUGCAUAUACAUAUGCUCUAUAAAGACACUGUCCUGAAUCAUGCCUUGACAUAGCAGAAGCUGAAUUACUGUACUACAGACUACACAGUGUUACGGAAAUUUGGUCAGGCAUAAAACAGAUUAGGGAUUUCUUAAAUAAGAAAGAGAAGGUUUUAUUGCCAUUAUGACUCAUUUUGGUUGCGUUGCAUUUAAAUUUGCUACAUAGAAAGCUGUUACUCCCUGCAAAAAUGUUUUAAGUUUAGAUAGUAUAAAACCAUUACAGUUCUGUCUCUUCUUGUCCCGUAUUCAACUUCCUAAACAGAUCUUCUAGCCUAAACGCAGCAGAAGGGCUGCGUGUACAGCUGGGCCACAGAGCUAUCUGAUUGGCACUUUGUAGUUUGUCAGAUGCUAUUGGAGGCUUCUAAAUUCAUACGCCCCUUUUUGGAAAGAGAUUUAUGCUGUAAAAUAUUUGCUUCAGUGCCUCUUUUUGGUUUAGGUUUUCCCUGCAGUUUGUCCAUCUUUUGCUAAUGUUGUGUGAGAAAGUGCAUGUUCAGACUUCUUGAAGGUCGUGUUUGUACAUGAUUUAGUAAAGUAGUACUCAAACUGUCUGGCUGGUUAGCACUUAAACCCGUUGUAUCACGUGAAAUUCAAGUAUCAUCUCUGAUCCUGGGAGUUGGAAAAAUAGCUUUUAUUUAAAAGUCACAGAGCUUUAUCAGAGCGUUUUUUGUUUGUUUUGUUUUGAAUUUAAAUUUCUGAAUCAGUACAGGCUUAGCUGGAGAGUCUUCAUAUCUGGAUUCAACUAAGAACUUUCGUAUGGUCAAACCACACCUCAGUUGUAUCCGAUUGGCAUGCUGGGAAUAGCUUCUAAUUAGAUGUGCAGUUGGCAGUAAUUUGCACAACACAAACUUCAAGGCACGGUGAGGACAAUUACAAACAACCGAUAGUAUCUACAAGUGGUUUUUGUUCUUAUGCUGGCGAAGGUCAGAAAACGAUGUUUAAUAUUCUGAUGUUUAGGUCUUAACCAGGACUGCACAGGACUUUUACUGUGGAAAAAUACCAGACCACGCUAACUUUGUGGUUAAAAAGCUAAACAAGAGUGUAAACAGUCUACAAAAAUGUACUUUUAAUCUGAAUUAUUGUAAUGUUGAUUGUUAUGUCUAUAUAAAAGAUUGCCUUGCUUUUUUAUAAGA